CUCUCGGCCAAUCGGAUUGUCAAAUAACACUGUACUUCUCUCGGCCGGCCGCCUCUCUCUCAGGUAGACGGAAAGCUCUGCGAGAAGUCCUCUCCUCAGACCCACAGUCACCCAGCAGGAUCCAUCAUGGAGGUGAACCGCACGGCAGACAUCUUCGGCUCUGCCUACCUGGCAGUGGAGUACGUAGAUGCAGUUUUACCAGAGAACCCCUUCCAGCCCUCGCUGAAACACGCCUGGGGCUACAUGCUGGACAACUACACCAAGUUCCAGAUCGCCACCUGGGGCUCACUCAUCGUCCACGAGGGCAUCUACUUCCUCUUCUGCCUGCCCGGUUUCCUCUUCCAGUUCAUGCCCUUUAUGCAGAAAUACAAGAUCCAACAGGACAAGCCAGAGACCUGGGAGAAGCAGUGGAGGUGUUUUAAGAUGCUGCUGUUCAACCAUUUCUGCAUCCAGCUGCCUUUGAUCUGCGGGACUUACUACUUCACUGAAUUCUUCAACAUCCCCUAUGACUGGGACUCCAUGCCCCGCUGGCCCUACCUCCUGGCCCAGUGCUUUGGCUGUGCUGUCGUUGAGGAUACCUGGCACUACUUUCUGCAUCGCCUGCUGCAUCACCGCAGGAUCUAUAAAUACAUCCACAAAGUCCACCAUGAGUUCACCGCUCCGUUUGGCAUGCAGGCAGAGUACGCCCAUCCCGCCGAGACUCUCAUCCUGGGCGCCGGCUUCUUCAUCGGCAUCAUGAUCUUCUGUAACCACGUGUCCCUGCUGUGGGCCUGGGUGGCCUUCCGCCUGUUGGAGACCAUUGAUGUCCACAGUGGGUACGACAUCCCCCUGAACCCGCUCCACCUGAUCCCGUUCUACGCUGGCGCCCGUUUCCAUGACUUCCACCACAUGAACUUUGUCGGGAACUACGCGUCCACGUUCACCUGGUGGGACAAGCUGCUGAAGACGGACAGCCAGUACAACAAGCACAUGCUCAAAGUGGAGGGCAAGAAGGAGCAGUAAACCACUGACACACACACACUCGCCUGCUCCCAUUCACACCCAGUGUGGUGUAGGGCAGGAGGAUAGGAGAGGCUGGGAGUCACUUAGACACACAGUGAGCACCCAAGUACACACACUGUGCUGCCCUUCUGUCACUCAGUACACUUGAUCUCUCUCUCUCUCUCUCUCUCCCUCCCUCUCUCUCUCUCUCUCUCUCUCUCUCUGUCACACACAUACACACACACAGACACACAAACCUUCUGUUUUGGACUGUACUUUGAACGGAUCAGCGCUGUUGUGAACUAAACCUGAGUCAGACAACAUGUUGACUUUCAGUCAGUCUUCUGUGCCUUGUCCCAAAUGUUUGCUGAAUAAAAAUUGCAAACAUCCCUGUU